AUUGGUGUCGAAACUAUGGGUUUAUGGAAAGAUGGCUGGUGCGCAUCCGUUAUAGACACAGCACCUUAUUUACAGGUGUUCUUUGGGUACCUAACAAACGUAUCCGUAAUUGAGACCGAAGGUGUCACCGAUGAUUCAACGAACUCUUGGGUCGAAAGUUAUUAUGUUUCUAUGAGUAACGACUCUCAACCUGGAUCGUUCGUCAACUACACUGAACAAGGAGUAACUAGAAUUUUUCAGGCAAAUGAUGACAUUCAAGGUAAGAAUCUGAGUCUUGAAGGAACGAGAGCUCAUUACAUCCGAAUUCAUCCUGUCAGUUUCACUGGUUCGUCUGCUUGUGUGCGCAUCGCUUUAUAUGGCUGCGACUCAGAGGACUUCCCCUCUUCGGGCAUACUGCUUCAGAGAGUGAAUAACGAAACGCCAGAGGAAAGCGUAGGGUUUGAUCGAAUCAUAGCAGUAAUUCCAGCAGUUUUUGGUGCACUCCUUUUGGGCGGCUCAUUGUUAUUCCUUAUACGUUAUCUUCGGAAGAGAUCUUCACGACAAAUGAAAGGUUAUUCAACAAUGGAAGAAGAAGAAGGAAUCUACCAAACAAUCCCCUCUGAUCUGCCCAUGUAUGAGGUGCAGACUGUGGCAAUCGAGAUGGGCCCUGACAAAGCCUUGAAUAGCAUUGGAAUCUGGAACGAAGCGUACGAGUCUUACGUUGGAGACGAGGAAGAAGAGGAAGGAAUUGAGCGGCAUUAUCAGAGUCUAGAUGACGAAGAAUACGAACAUAUUUACGAGAAUCUACCUUCAGCUUUUGAAGUACAAACGCUGAGUGUGGAGGUGAACGGAAAGGAAGUGGUACCGGGGGAGGUUCACAGUGAAAACGCGUUUUAUGAAAGUGUUUACCCAGAGAGCAAACUCGAAGAGAAACGAAGAAAACAAGGGUUUUUUGAGUUACCGCGAUAUCGGGAGUUGUCAGAGGAAGAAGAUGAUGACUACGACGAUAACGAAGACAAUGGCAGCGAUAACGAAGGUUAUGAGGAUAUUUACGACAAUAUUUUCUUCCCUGAGGAGCCAUCAGAGGAUCAGAAGAAGAGGACACUUACAUUUUCUCCGCAACAGACGGCCGAAGAUGGAAUUUUCUCUUACGAAAACAAGAUUUUUAGCUUUGAUCGCCGAACGACAACGUUGGAAGAAAUCCAGAGGAAGAAGAGUCAAGUUUUUCCAUUCCUUUAAAUUUCCACAAGUUAUUUAUCGUACCAUAGACUGUCUUAAACUGCACUACCCCAGCAUUUGUCAUGCAGUUCUUGUUGCAUAGUUUAAGAUUCCUAUAAACAGUUGAGGCUCACGUUAUUGAUAACUCGAUUGGUACAGAAAACGUGUUUGUAACCGAGGCACGAAAUACGAUUGUUGUGUGGUUUAAAAAGCGGAGUUUUUUCUUUUUGGAGGUUUCCCCAAAUAGCAUCGUCCACGUAAGGGAGUCUUUUGCAAGGCGUGCCCCAGUACGUUAGACUGAUAUGAGAGUCUUUGUUUUUGGACAGCUAGCAGAAUUAUUUACAGAUGUGUAACGAAAACUGAUGUUUGUAGAUAAACUGUGAUGCUGCUUCAGUGAGGAAAUUACAAGAUAGUUUGGUUUUAUGAACAGAAUCGAUGAGGUAAAUUGGCCACCGUAAAGAGGGGUAAUACCUCUUUGCGGUGCCUAAUUUAGAGUAUCAAACCAAACGAUCUUUCUUUAAGAUUUGAUUGGUUUAAAAUCAUAGAUACG